ACACGCAGAUCACGCGAUUAUAUUCGAGCUCUUCCUUUCCGCAAAUGCCGGCUGUUUGCGCAAAUCUUCCCCAAGGCCAAUACUUUGGCUGUAGAUUUCUUGACGAAAACUCUCACAUUUGAUCCUAAGAAACACAUAACAGUCGAAGAGGCUUUGGCUCACCCAUACCUCGAAGCAUACCACGAUCCCGAUGAUGAACCAGUUGCACCACCGCUCGACCUGGAGUUCUUUGAAUUCGACUUACACAAGGAUGAUAUCAGCCGUGAACAGCUCAAAGAACUCCUCUACGAAGAGAUGGUA